AUGGCAAACUCGCCUCAUAAGACACCCCCAACUGCCCGCCUCACCGUCUCUUCCCUCCUUUCCCCCCCAGAGAUGAAGCGAUCAGAGUCGUUUGGCUCGUCAAUUGCCUCUGCCUCUACUCAAUCGCCCGCAACCUCGUUCAAUUCAGUCCAAUUGAAGCCCAUGACAAACGCCUCUCUCAGCGCCUGCCAGGCAGCAACUCACCGCAUCGCCUACGUCUCCCCCCCAAUCUCGCCAUACGACUCCCACUCCCAAAAGGACACCAUGGACGCCGUCGCCGAGCCCGGCUCACGCGACCCUCAGCUCUUCGUCGCCCACGACGCUGCCCUCUCCGUUGCAGACAUACCGCUCUUCCCCCACGACUCAGCUGCCUCUUCCUCGUCGUCAGCCUCGCAAGACGCCAUCACCCACCACAUGCAGUCGCACGACUAUGCACGCCUGCACUCCAAACCCUCGCGCGCCGAUUACGAAUUGGCCGUUUCAUUCCGCUCAAACGUCUUUGCUUCGGCCACCAAGAACCCCCGACACUGGUGGGCCCAGGAGCGUCGUUUCGACGACUACUACGGUCGCCCGACUGGCGUCCAAAAGCGCACCGCUCUCAAGAAGCUGGCUCCCGCACCAUCCGUUCGAACCCGCCAGCCAAAGGUCGCUCUUCCCCGGAUACCCCCCCGUACUCCUCGCGCUCCAAAGGCCAAGCGCAGCCCCCUUGCACAGGUCUACGAGUCAUUUGACCCUGCACCAAAGCCCGCAUCUGUCUCGGUCUCUCCCAAGCCUGCCCGGCCCGCCACGAACCGUGACGACUCCGACUACAAUGCCAUCCCCGACUAUUCGCCACCUCUCGACACCCUGCCCAAGGGCAACUCCAAGAUUCUCAAGGCUGAGUGGAAGGGCCAGGCCCUCUCGCUCGCCGACGAUCCCGACCGCGACCUGCUGCACGAGGCUGAACUCAACCUUGCAGGCACCCUGCGUCUCAACUGUGCCACCUACCUCACCAGCAAGCGUCGCAUCUUCCAGGCUCGCAUUGAAGCAUUGAGAAUUGGCAAGGAGUUCCGCAAGACCGACGCCCAGCAGGCCUGCAAAAUCGACGUCAACAAGGCCAGUAAACUGUGGCAGUCGUACGAUCGCGUCGGCUGGUUUAACCCAGACUACUUCCGUCAAUACCUUUAG